AGACAGAGGAAGUGCCUGAUGACCCGCUGAAACUUGGAGUCCAUUGACAUUAUUAGUUGGUCCUUUUCAUUCAGAAUAACGCAGAGGAAAGGAAAACAGCUAAGUGCAGGUGACACCAUGGUGACGGAGGGGGAGCCAACAGAUUUUGUUAAAGUGUUGCACCUCCUGGUUCUCUCUUUCACCUGGGGCAUGCAGCUUUGGGUUUCCUUCAUUGCAGGCUUUGUGUUGAUUCGGCAGGUAACUCGGCACACCUUCGGCCUGGUGCAGAGUAAGCUUUUCCCGGUGUACUUCUACUGCGUGCUGGGAAGUAACUUUGUCAGCCUGGCUGUGUAUGCUGUGUACCAUCCCAGAGAGCUGCUGGACUGGCAUGAAAGUGUACAGAUGCUUCUGUUCUUCGUGGCGCUGAUCACUGCAGGUCUGAACGCCCAGUGGUUUGGCCCAGAGACCACUGAGCUGAUGUUCCUGAUGAGGGAGGUAGAGAAGGAGCACAACCUCGGCGAAGAGAUUGGCCUGGGCAGCCAGAAAGAGGCUUACGCCAAGCUCAAAGAGCAGGAUCCCAAGUACAAAGCCUACAGGAGCAAGUUUGGCAGUUACCAUGGGUUGUCCAGCCUCUGCAACCUGAUAGGAUUCCUCUGCACCACAACUAAUUUGGUCUACACAGCUUUGAAUUUAGCCACCAUUUAAAGACAAUAUUUUAGUUAUUAAAGAAAAGAUAAAGAACCAAAAUGCCGUGCACACUUUUGUACUUUGUUAUCUAACAGUGUUUCUGGGUCAGAACACUGAUAAAUGUGCAGGAUUUGUUGGUUCUUUUAUCACUUUAUGAUACAGUAGGGUUAGGACACACACUCAUACGACUUGGAUUGGAAGUACUUUAAUUUACAAAAUCAUUUCGCCAACUGUUUCUAUAUCAUAUCAGUGUUGAAUAUGAAGUGUGAAUCAUAAAUAGCAGUAUAUGUGACAUUUUGUAAAUGUAAUUACAGAGAAUUCUGCAUCACUUUAUCUGCCCCAAGUGUCCUUAUGUGCAAGAACUAUCUCCAGUGAGCAUGCAGAACUCAUCAUGUGCUCUUCACUGCUGUCAGUUAAGCACUCUUAACCGUUUUAAUUAAAUAUGUUUUUUUUUUUAUCUUGUAUAAUUUUAUUUUAUUUUUUGUAUUUUUUUUUUUAAUGUAGUUGGUUUUAUUUCUCAGAAAGCAAAGAAAAGUACCAAGCGACAUGGAAGCAAUGCACGUCCCUCCCCAGUAGGGGGCGAUAUUUGGACAAAGCUUUCAGAUCCAUUGUAGCACACAACAUAAUGCUAUUUCAUGUGCACCAUGACAUUCUUGAUCUUGUAGUGCAUUUUAAACUUGUCACCACUGUUUAAUGAAAACUAUGACUGGAUGAUUAAAGUGUUGUUUUGAUUUUUCCAUUUGGA